UUGGGAAAAUGUCAGACGAGAAUGACUCUUCGGAGGAGGCGGAUGGGCCGUUAAAAAUCCUUAAAGCUCAACAGAAUAAGGAACGAAAAGAAAUGAGAGCAAAAAUAACAGCUUUAAAACAUGCAAUUCCCAAGAACAACGUUAAGAAGAAGAAGGAAGUAAUGCAACAAGUAGAGCAAAUGGAAAAUGAAUUGAAGAAGAGACAUGAUGAGCAAUUACUUGGGUUAGAGAAGGGUAAUGAGGAUGUGAAAAUUAAUGAAGAUGAAGAAAAACAUGAGGAGGAAACAAAGCAAGAUUCUGCUGUAGAGUCUGUUACUAGCUUCUUUAAAGAAAUUAAAUUAAGCAAAUCUCAACAGAAAAAGGAAAACAAACGUAAAGAACAAGAAGCUAAGCGAUUGGAAGCUUCUCAAAAAGAUCAAGAAAGUGCAGUUUACAGCAAAAGCUACAAAGAAAAUGAAGCCAUCAAGCAGCUUCUUGUACAGAGGAACUAUAAAUUGAAAGAUAUUCCCCCAGAUGGUGAUUGUCUUUACAGAGCUAUUUCACAUCAGUAUUUUUUAUUGAAAGGGAUAAAGCACACAGCAGAGGAUUUAAGAAUUAUGGCAGCCAAGUUUAUUAAAAAGAACAAAAACGAAUUUCUUGGUUAUUUAAUUAAUUCUGAAGGGAACUUGGUUGAUGAAGAGUCUUUUGAUGACUAUUAUUACAAAGUAAAACAUAUGUGCUCUAAAGGAGGUGACUGGGGAGGAGAACCUGAGAUCCGUGCACUAAGUGAAGUUUUAAAUGUUUGUAUUCAAGUAUUAAAUGCCGACGGGACAAUUAACAAAUUUGGGGAGGAUGAUUCAGAAUCUUUACUUUUGACCUACCAUAGGCAUGCAUAUUCUCUUGGAGAACAUUAUAAUUCGACUGAACCGUCAUCUGUUUCUGAAUUUGAUGAAUUUGACCUUAAAUAA